UGCAACGGGUAUUUGAUCGAUAUGAAAUAGACCGUGCCCGUACUUAUAAUUAUUUAGAGACUCUCAUUUCAGCCGAGAAGUUUGCAGUGUUUUGCAGAUAAAAAAAAACUAUGGAGGACAAGACGCUUGUUGCGAUUAUUUUGCUGUCAAGUAUUUCAGGAAUACUGGCUGGAGAAUGGUGUACAUUGCUUGACAGCACAGACUCCCUUUAUUGUAAAAAUGGGUGUUGUGGGAACUCUUAUGACCAGUACUGCUGUAUCACUGGGAAAGAUGAACAGGAUGAACAGGAUGAACAGAAUGAACAACAUGCUGGCAUGAUUACUGUCAUGAUUGUUGGCAUUGUUAUAGGCUCAAUAGCUCUGGUUGCUGCAAUUGUGUCUAUCCUUGUGACUGUAUUCUGUUUUUGGCAAAAGUCUAAUGGACGUGCUGGAAAAGUGUGUCCACGGGCUACUGAGGCUCAAACAACAGUUCAAAUGCAAGGCUUGGCGGGAUAUGAUCAGGUGGGAUAUAAUGGUGGAAUGCAGAAUACAGUAAUGACGUCAACUGUGGCCCCAGAAUCGGUGCAGCAAUGGCAAUAGCCACCCGAUUAUUAACAACUGCCUGACAAACAAUAAACGUGCCAUAAAUUCAAGUGCAUAAUUUGAAUACGUUUCUAACGUAUAGACUUUUGCUCGUCAUUUGAAUCGAAAAUUUUAUAAGCAUCAUCCUUCUUUUGUAUUUCACAUAAUUCAUCGAAUACAAUAUAUGUCACUAUAUACAUGUACAACGCA